CAAAAAGCAAUCUUGUGCUUUAUCUUGUGAUUAUUAGUCGAUUAUUUGUUAUCAAAGUGCCACGAAUUUAAUUUUAAAAAAUUGUCAAAAGCUUUUCGUUCCUAAUUUCAAUCAAUUUCAAAGUAAUAAUGAACCGCUUAAUAAACAAAUCUCUUCUUCGUCACUAUUCUUCGCUAAAAAACACGAAAUUCAACAAAUUUCUCGACAUCAAACCCGAAAUCUACGAUGCUCUGUACUCCAAUAAGAAACCAAUUGUUGCCCUUGAAUCGACAAUUAUCACACAUGGCAUGCCUUACCCUGAUAAUUUACGCACCGCCGUCGAAGUUGAGGAAAUUGUGCGAAAACAAAACGCAAUUCCAGCCACAAUCGCGUUGCUCGAUGGAAAAAUCAAAGUCGGUUUGGACAAAAAUGACUUGGAAAAAUUAGCAAAUCCCUCAGAUGGAAAGAAAAAUGUCAAAGUUUCACGAAGAGACUUGGCGUUCGCACUUCACAACAAGCGAAAUGGAGGCACAACUGUCGCCGGAACACUGAUAGUUUGCAACAUGGUCGGCAUAAAAGUCUUCGCAACCGGCGGAAUUGGCGGCGUUCACAGAAAUGUCGAAAAAACGCUCGAUAUCUCGGCGGAUUUACAAGAACUCGCUCGUUCGUCGGGCACUGCUGUCGUUUGUAGCGGCGUCAAAUCCAUUCUUGAUAUUCCGCGGACGAUGGAAUUUCUCGAGACGCAGGGAGUUUUCGUCGGCGCAUUCGGAACUGAUGAAUUUCCUGCCUUUUUUACGAGAAAAAGUGGCGUUAAAGCUCCGUACAGCUUGAAAAAUUCAUUGGAAGCAGCGAAUAUUUUGCAAACAAACGGAGAAUUGGGACUCAAUGGCAUGUUGAUCGCUGUUCCAAUUCCGGAAGAAUUUUCAAUGGAUGAAGUUUAUAUCGAUGGCGUGAUAAGAGAAGCACUCAAAGCAGCGGAUCAGCAAGGAAUUCAAGGAAAAGAAGUCACGCCGUUCAUUUUGCAGGCACUUAAUGAAGCUACGAAGGGAAAAAGUUUGAAGUCGAAUAUUGCGCUGAUCAAAAAUAAUGCAAAAGUUGCGGCGGAAAUUGCAGUCAAGUAUCAUGAAUUGAACUCAAAUGAUAUAAAAAGAGCAAAUUAUUGUUCAGACUCUUCAGAAUCAGGAAGAACGGAUAAAAAAUUCGAAAACUCUCCUGUAAUAAUUGGCGGCAGUAACAUCGACACAUGCAUAAAAAUCCUCGACGACGACAUGAAAUUGGAUGGAGCAACGUACAGUGCCAAAUCCAGCAUUUGUUGCGGCGGCGUAGGACGAAAUUUAGCAGAAGGCGUCGGAAAAAUCUACGGAUCUUCAACUUUCAUCUCCGCAAUUGGCGACGAUCAGAAUGGCUCUCACAUCAAAUCUGUCCUUGAACCCGUUUGCAACACGGAAUUUUCCACAGAAAAAGAUUUUCCAACAGCAAAUGCGACAGUUUUGUUCAACAAAGACGGCGAUUGUAAAUUAGUGACGUUAGACAUGGCGGUUCAUCGAUGCAUAACUCCCGAAUUAAUUCAAAAGAACAAAAAUCUGAUCAAAAAUUCACCUUUGACAGUUUUUGACGCGAAUUUAUCUAUCGAAACAAUUGAAGAAAUUCUAAAACUCGCACGAGAAUUCAAAAAACCCGCAUUUUUUGAACCAACGGACUUACGAUUGUCACACAAACCGUUCCUGAGGAAGCCCGAACUUUGUAGCCAAAUUAAAUUUGCGACACCGAAUUUGGAUGAAUUACGAAAUAUGGCGAAAUUUUUGGGUUUUGAAAUUUCCCAAAAGUCAUCAAAUCUCGAAAAUCGUCAAGAAAUCUUAAAAGAAGUGAAAUUCCUCGCGGAAUUCAUGUCCAAAAAAAUUGAAAAUUUGAUAAUUACUCUCGGAUCGUUAGGAGUUGUCGUUGCAAGGCAUGGCUCUUCAGACUCACCAUUCUUCGAAAAUCAUCAAUAUUUGGACAAAAAAUCCGAAUUAACCUUAAGAUAUUAUCCAAGUGAAGAAAUUUCGAAUGUUGUGAACGUUUCAGGGGCAGGCGACAGUUUCUCGAGUGGAUUCAUCGCUGGGAUGAUCGAAGGAUUGCCGGAAAAUGUUUGUGUGUCGAUCGGAUUUGAAGCGGCGAAGAAGGCUUUGUUGUCCAAAAAUGCCGUUGCUGGUUCGUAUUUUGAUAGAAAUCAUAAAUGUUGGAGCACGAGUGCGACUUACGAGAAUUUAUAGUGAUGGGAAAAUGCAAUUUUAUCAAUUUUACGGGAAUAA